CAAGUAUGUAUUUGUUAUUAUUAUUUAAUGUUUUCAAAAUUUUAAAUUGGUGUAACUUUUAUUUUGAAUCUCAAAUUUUCAUUGUGGUUUCAUUUGGUCCCUGCUGUAUGUUUUCAUUGUGUAACUGUUUAGAAAUCAACAUUAUAGCUAAACAUAUAUAGCUGCUGUACAAUGAGAGUUUGUGUGUCUCUUACAGUAAACAAGAGUAUUGUACUGUUUUAUUUCACGAUUACCUGUAGGGCAUUUCUGCUUGCAUGGUAAAUAUACAUUUUUGAUUAUUGUAUGAACAUUUGCAUCAUGUUUUGAAGACGCCAGUACUGGAUGGAUUUUGCUUUGUUGAAUUUGAGAACGCACACUAGUUUUUUUGUCUGCCUAGCUUUUUUUUGAUACUUAAGGAAGGACUUCUGUGACACUUUUUUUGCCUUUGUCAUUUAUUUGACAUUGUUCAAAUGGCUGUAUGCGUUAAUCCUUAUUUGAAGUGUAUUUUAUUUGGGAUAUUUAUUAUAAAUUGAAUCAAAUUACUAAUUGUUUUGUGAAUUUUUUUUCUUCUUUUUUUCCAACAUUUAUUAUCCAUAUAAAAUGAUCUUAGAACAAAAUCCCAGCAGGCUGCUUUGAUAAAUAAGAUGAUUAAUUAGCCAGCAAAGAGUAAUUUGACAAAUGGCCUUUAACAAUUAAGCAGAUGCUUCAGAUUACUGUCUGCUGGUAUAAAGCAAAAAAAAAAAAAAAAUCAGGUUUUAGCUGUAGCCUUCAUUUAAAGCUGAUAACAUGAUGGUCUGAUCAGCUCUCCUCUUCAGCCAUGGGGAGCAUCAUUACAACAGAUAAAGCCAUGACAGUGCAGCCUACUAGAUUUCCACGUGUGGGCUACAGCAUACUGUCAUACCUCAUGUUUAUAAACACAAUAUUUUCUGUGUUUAAUAACUCGUUGGUGAUUGCUGUGAUGCUUAAGAACGUGCAUUUUCUCAAUGCGCUGAACGUCAUCAUUCUCAGUCUGGCCGUGUCAGAUCUCAUGAUUGCCAGCUGCGGCUCUGCCCUCGUCACCAUCACAAAUUACAAAGGAGCUUUCUUUUUAGGGGAUGCAUUCUGUGUUUUUCAAGGUUUUGCAGUGAACUAUUUUGGCCUGGUGUCUUUGUGCACUCUCACUUUGCUGGCAUACGAGCGGUACAACGUGGUCUGCAAACCCAAGGCAGGUUUGUAGUUGUGGAUCCAGAGAUCUACAUCCCACCUCGGGUGACCACCAUGCCGAUCUACUUCGCUAAGACCAGCUCUGUCUACAAUCCCAUCAUCUACUUCCUUACUAACAAGCGGGUGUGUAACUGAGUGUAUUCAUUCAUGUUUGUUUACA